CCCCUUUGUGUUCUCUGAGAUAAUCCAUUACUCCUCCAUUCGUCAACAUGGCCCCCUUCAAUCUUCUCCGUCUUCCAACCCUCAUCAUUAGUGAAGUGAUCAGAUCAAUGAAUGCUCUGGAAUUAGUUGGCCUCUCGGAAACAUCCAAAAAAUCGCAGAUACUCGUUAAAACUCUCUUAAAGAAUUCCCAAUUUCACAUGAGAAUUUGUGAGCACCCUGCAGCCAUUGCAGUGUGCAUAAAUUCCAAAACAUCUCAGUCGAGAUUCGAAUUGAGGCACAACCUUGAUCUAGCAUUUCUCAGAAUAAAGUUUUUCCUAGACAUUUUCAAUGUGACAACAGCUGGACUGUUGUUCUGUAACCCAACGGAGAAGAGUAUCCGAGACACUUUAAGCCUCCUUGUCCCAAUUAACCCAAAGUUUAUCAGCUUAUCGAUUUCUGAAAUGGAAUCCAUGUCUGAAAGUUUAUUCGAGUACUUGUUAAGUAUCAAGGCCUGUCGGUUCAUUGUUAAAUUGAAUAGUUUUCACGAAUUAACACCAAGCAAUUCAAAUUUGCUUCUAGAUUGUGUUUAUGUGAAGCUAAGAAAUCUAGCUUUCCCAGAUCAGAAAAUGAUUGAAGUACUCAAAACCUGGAAACUAGGAUGUAAUCUCAAGUCGCUGGAAAUGUUUAGUUCAGAUUAUACAUGCGAUUUCAAUGAACUUGUGAAAGGAUUGGAUACACAAAUAAUUGAUGCUGAUUCUGAACUUAAGUGUCAAAUCGAGCAAGCUAAUGGAAGGAUUGGACUUUUGACUUUUGAAAUAUGGGGACACCUUCACUUGAAAGUUAUUUAAUUGUUGUUAUAAUUAUUUAAUCUUGCAUUUAAUUAAACAAAGAAUAUGUGUAUACCAACAAUACUUUUUUCGUAGCCUUAUCACUAUUACUUAUAAAGAUCCGAAUCAAAA